AUGUCGACUAAGGCUGAGGAGGUUCCCCUUUCAAAGGCAUUUGCCUUGUUGGCGGAUGAAGAGUACUGCGAUGUCUCUUUGCAGGGCACUGAUGGAGGGAAAAUCCGUGCCAAUCGCAUGGCCUUGUCUGUACGCAGUCCAUAUUUCAAGACAAUGUUCAAGAAAGGAGCAUUCAAGGAAGCUGACAAGGAUGUUGUGCCUAUUGGUUUUUCCAGCUUUGUUCUAAAGGCCAUUGUGGAAUAUGUCCACACUGACACUGCCAGUAUCUUGGCGGAGAUUGUCGUUAUUGAUAAUGGUGCUGUUUCCUCUUCUAAGAUUUCCGCAGAAGUUAUGGAGAAAUUCCAAGCGUUGCUUUCAUUGACAGAGGCGGCCAUAUAUGUUGAUCUCCCCAACCUCUGGGAAAAGGCUCAGAACUGCCUUGAGAGCUUGCUACGUGCAUAUCCAUGCUUUGGUAUUUCCAUCUUGGCAGCCUCGAAACACGGGGGUCCAGUGAUAUCCGGGGAAUUGAAGAACCAAGCCUGCAGAAGUAUCGGCCUGAGCAAGUCAGGAGCAUUCAAUGAAGAUGUCCUUGGCGGUAUAAAUGGUAGCCUUCUAGCAGCUAUCCUGAGGGACGAUGGGGUGACGCUUGGUGACGGGGUACGCUUCAAGUUGAUCGUUGGCUGGUCCAAGAGCGAACCAUCCAUUCUUGGUGGUGGAACUAAAGAGGAUCGUCAAAAAGCAGCCAAAAACCUGGUGCAAAACCACAUUGAGCUUGAAUUCAUUGACCCAGAUGACUUGUCUUCUUUGGUUGCAACGUCGGGGCUAGUGACAACGGAGCAACUCUGCAAUGCUUUCCAGCGGCAGGCAAAGAGAGCCAAGCACAAGCACAAAGUUGCCUUUGGAAGAACUGGUUUGCGUGGGUACAGUUAUGCUUGGAAAUGUGCCAAGUCCAUCACUAUGACAGCAUCACGCGGAGACCCAUGGAGUUUUGACACCCUGGAGUGCCAGCCCCUGACAAAGGGAAAGUUUCAGUGGACGAUUACCUUGGAUUCAUCCGGUAGGUCUGAAAACCGGGCCACUUGGCUUGGCGUAGCUGAAACUUCUGCCAAUCCGAGCUCGCGAGAGUUUGGAGGAACUCAAAAGGGUUGCUGGGGAGUCCAUGGCUGCUACGGAGGUGCUUGGUCCAAUGGUGCAUUAAAGCCUGUUGCCUACUUUGGCCCCACCGCCAAGUUUGGAGCAGGAGCGACUGUGACUGUUAUCCUUGAUUUGUCAGUGGGCAACUUAUCAAAUGGGUCUUUAUCAAUUUCUGUGAAUGGCCUGCCAUUCAUUGAAGCUGUUUGCAAUUUGAAAGCAACACUUAAAGGGAGCACUGGUGGCUUGGUGCCAGCUGUGUCCACCACUGUUGGCAGUGCCACAAUCGUGGACUAUGAAGAGGUCUAG